AUGGGCUUUGGUCACAAGAUAUUUGCUGAUCCUUCAGGUGUUGCAGUUGAUGAAAAGAAGUAUAGAGGAAGGAUUGGAUCUCUGCUUUAUCUUACAGCAAGUCGUCCGGAUAUCAUGUUUUCCACAUGCUUAUGUGCAAGAUUUCAAGUUAAUCCCAAGAUGUCUCAUCUUCUGGUUGUUAAGCAAAUUUUCCAAUACCUUAAAGGCACUAAAUAUCUCGGAAUCUGGUACCCAACAAAUGAAAGUUUCCUUCUCCAAGCCUAUUCAGAUUCGAACUAUGUUGGACUUCAAUUCGAUAGGAAAAGUUCAUCUGGAGGAUGUCAAUUCCUAGGUGGUCGAUUAGUCAGCUGGUCAUCCAAGAAACAAAACUGCAUUGCUCUCUCUCUACAACCGAAGCUGAAUAUAUUGUUACUGCCAGCUGUACCUCUCAAGUUCUUUGGAUGA